AAUAUAGAUCAAAUAACAUUUCUAAUUUUGGCCACUUAGAAUAUUAUGUUUUGUUAUAAAUUUAGUGAUGGAUGAAAUAUUUUGUUGUACAUCAACAUAGUAAGACCAUCUUACACAAUUUAGUUAUAUGCAAAUUUUACAUAACUUAAAAUGGCCUUAAAUCAACCAUACGUGACGGAUUAUUCAGUGACAAAAUACUUUACUUUAUUUAUUUUGUCAAUGAAGAUAAUCAAAAGUACUGGCCCAUGGUUUUUGUCCAGUUUUUAACUUAAAACAGCAUAUAACAUUAAUAUCAAGAGCUUUUAUACCACUAAUUAAAUUUGCUUUAGUGUAUAUAGUAUUCACAUCAUAAUAAACGAGGCAAAAUACAUAUGACAAAGUAUUUAGAUACCUUUUUUCUAUAACCUUCACCAGUUAAUGAAUGCAAGAGAAUAUAUUCUUGGCACAUUAUUGUAGUGCUAUAAAUUUAAGUAUGUUGAUCAAGAAGAGCUUAGAGAGUUUUUCGGUCACUUAACAUCAAUUUUCUCUCUUCACCAAAAAAAAAUAUCAAUUUUCUCUCUAUAUAAGCAUAACAUACAUCGAGUUUGUUUAGAAGAUAAUUACAUCUUUGUCGCUUUUGUUGUUCGAGAUAUGUCAAGGACUACCAAGCUCAGUCGCACUGAUGAACAUCACACAACUAAGGGAAGCUAGGAAGGCUGGUCAUCAACACCACUACAUGAGCCGAUUUGCUGCCGUACAGGCAGAAGAAUACAACCAAGGCCUCAAAAGGGAACAAACCAACAUCGAAAGAUUCGAGGAAUAUUACCUUAAAGAAGACGUAGGAGGAAUAAUGUCUAGCAAUAAGGGUGACAAUGAGAAGGUGAACAAAGAAUGGGUACCACAUCCACGUACCGGUAUAUACUUCCCUGAAGGACAAGAUUGGGUGCUGAAUGAUGUCCCCAAAAACUCGGCUUCGCUAGGACAAUCACAGUAUUGGCUAAGGAACAUUCAUGGAGCUGAAAAGCAUGAUCCUGAUAUGCUUUCUGCUGACCAUUAUUUCCUUACCCAACCUCAUGAAUAAUUUAAUUAACAUGCAUGCAUGAUAUGCAUGUAUGUUAAUUGAGCUACAUAACAUACGUGUAUUUAUUUAUUGCAACUGACUAUUUCACGAUUUUAGAACUCGUGUUACUAAUAGUGCACUAGUAAUAAAGUUCCCUAGUUCAUCUUCUGUCAUAGGCUACUUUAUUUGUGAGUUUACUUCAUGACUGAGUAGAAAAGCUAAUUAAGUAGAUAAAAACUUAUGCAUGCAGUUUGUCUAACUAUGUAUUACAUUAACAAAAUGCUUCCUAUAAAAUAUAUACUGUUA